CGGUCAUUAGAUGAACCAUUCAGCUGACAGAAGUCAGUGACACCGAAUAUUGAUUUAUUUGCACCGUUUUUAAAAUCAAGACAUCAUGAAAAAGAAGGUGCUUUUGAUGGGCAAGAGUGGGUCUGGUAAGACCAGUAUGAGGUCUAUUAUCUUUGCUAACUACAUUGCAAGAGACACCAGAAGACUUGGAGCCACAAUUGAUGUGGAACAUUCACAUGUUAGAUUUUUAGGCAAUUUGGUCUUAAAUCUGUGGGAUUGUGGUGGACAGGAAGCAUUCAUGGAGAACUAUUUUGCCUCACAACGAGACAACAUAUUCCGUAAUGUCGAGGUUUUGAUUUAUGUGUUCGAUGUUGAGAGCCGAGAGCUUGAGAAAGACAUCCACUACUACCAGUCAUGCCUAGAGGCCAUAUUACAAAACUCACCAGAGGCCAAAAUUUUCUGCCUUAUUCACAAGAUGGACUUGGUGCAGGAUGAUCAGAGAGAAAUUAUUUUUAAUGAACGCCAGGAAGACCUGAAACGUUUAUCAAAACCACUUGACUGUACCUGUUUCGCUACAUCUAUCUGGGAUGAAACUUUGUAUAAGGCCUGGUCAUCCAUUGUUUAUCAACUCAUUCCAAAUGUCCAACAACUAGAAGAAAAUCUGUCCAACUUUGCUGAAAUUUUAGAUGCUGAUGAAGUGUUAUUGUUUGAAAAAGCCACAUUUUUAGUGAUUUCAUACUGUGAAAGAAAGCAGCACAAAGAUGUCCAUAGGUUUGAGAAAAUCAGCAACAUUAUCAAACAAUUCAAACUAAGCUGCAGCAAGAUUGGGGCUUCCUUUGAGAGUAUGGAAGUGCGUAACUCCUCCUUUGCUGCAUUCAUUGAGAUGUUCACCCCCAACAUGGUUGUUAUGGUAGUCAUGUCUGACACAUCUAUUCCUUCUGCAGCAACCCAGCUGAACAUAAAGAAUGCCAGAAAACAUUUUGAGAAGCUGGAAAGCUUAGUAACACCCCACAGAGGAAUGGGUGGGAAUACAAGAUAGGCUUGAUGCGAAUGCUUCACACUUUUUGGACAUGAAUUAUAAUUAUUUUUUAUAAAAAGGAAUUUUUUUAUCUUGAGAUUUCUAUAGAUAACUUUUUUUUUUUGUUAAAAAAAUUAGACAACAUGUUUGUUUCUUUAUUUUAUUUUUUUUGUUGGAUCCCUUUCUUCAAUUUUUUUUUAAAUUUUAUUUUAAUGUAUAUAAAUAAGAUUUUUACUUAAAAAAAAAAAGAACUAUUCACCCUUUUUUUUUUUGUCUUUGAAAAAAGUCAUGUACAGAACUUCGAAAAGAAUUUUGAAUUAUUAAGUAGUGUUUAUUUAUCUCUCCCCUGGUGUUAACUGUUCUGAGAAUUUUUUUUUUAAUUUCUAAAUGUGAUGUCCUUAAUGAAAACUUGCAUUCAAAUAGAUUUUACUACUGUAAUAACUGUAAAGUGUGUAUUCAUCCUUGAAGUAAAUGUGUACAAAGUUUACUGUGAUGAACAUGGCUGAGUAUAUUUAUAACAAUAAAUUAUUUGUGUGAGAGCUUUGACUAUCUGAAUGAACCCAUCACUUAUUUUAGUAUUACUUGUAGCAUAGUCUUGUUGUGUAUGAGGGUGUGUAUGUUUCAAUGAUCAUCCCUUGUUCUAGUAUUAAUUUUAACUUACUCCUGCAAUGUACGUACUGCUUUUUCAUACGUGAUAUGUAAAGUGUAGUCUUUGAUGUUUUUUUUAACAAGCAUUUAAAAUUGACUUUUUUUAAAAUUCUGAUUAAACAUUUAAAAUGAACAAUGAUGAAAAUGGUGUACAUAGAUUAGGUGCUUAUUAAAACAGUGGCAGAAUGGAUUUAAGGCUAUUAAUUUUGAUUUUAUUAUCUUAACUGUAACUGUUUUACCACAGUAAUACCGCGUGGCCUAGCGUUAGAGAGCUAAACUGCUAACCCGAGAGUCUCGAGUUCAAAUCCGGUUCAAAUCAGUGGAACGUCCCUGAGUCCACCCAGCUCUGAUGGGUACCUACAUCACGUUAGGGAUAGUAAAGGCGGCUGGGCAUAGUGCUGACCACACUAUCCCUUCAUAUGCCGAGGUAAAUGAAUCAGAUGAACUCUAUUUCAUCUACCCCAUGUGUCUUGGGCACAAGCGGGACUAAGAAGAAGAAUAACUUGAUAUGAUUCUGCAGGCCUGUUAUUUAUUUGCCAGUGUUUUUAUAAGGACCAUUGAUGAUUAAAUGCUACAACAGUACAAUUAUCUUCAACCCCAGAUUUUGAGCAUCUUGGAGAAAAUACUUGUGCUUUCUUUCUACCUCAGGAUGAUGCUUUCUAAAUCCCGGUUUCCUCACUGCUAGUACUGACCUAGUAUUAGCACUUGUAUGCUAUGUAAUUAGAUGUGUUCUAUUUUUUGGUCAAAACUUUUUCUUUAAAAUGAGAACUGAAGUAAUAAUCCUGUAAACAGCACAAAACCUUUUGUGGAAGUUGUAUUUUGUAUUUUUUAUCAUUGAAUAUAUAAAUACUGUAGUUUUAAUGAAUACUAUUUUUUUUAAUAAGAUUUAUGAUUGUGUAAUGAAAUAUUGAUUUUAUGUUUGUAUCAUGUCAUAAACUUACAUAAAAGAUGUAUUGUGAACAAAUUUAUAAAAUAAUUAUAAACUUCUAUUUUCCAUGUUGUACAACUGAUAUUUUGUCACCAUUGAUAUUUUGUCACUAUAUUUGAUAGAUGACAUGAUUGUUGUUUGUUUGCAUGCUGAUUUGUACAAGAAGAUGAUGAGUUCUGUGUUGUGUUGGUAUUAUGUCCAAAUCAGUUGGAUGUGUGGGAUUAAUGUCUUCUGAUUGAUUAAUUACAUUUCUGAUGCAUUUUUAACCAUUAAAACU